GCCGCGCCCCUCUGCCCGCCGCUGCCGAAGGUUGGUGCAGUUCCUGCGCUGCUCGGGCGUCUCAGCGCUUCCCUGCCCGACUUCCAGCCCCGGCGCCAGGACCUUGAGAGAUGGCUGCCCAGUGUGUCACGAAGGUGGAGCUGAAUAUCUCCUGUGACAAUCUUUUGGAUAAAGAUGUAGGAUCCAAGUCAGACCCUUUAUGUGUGUUGUUUUUGAAUACCAGCGGCCAACAGUGGUAUGAGGUUGAGCGCACGGAGAGGAUUAAGAAUUGUUUGAAUCCCAAGUUUUCUAAGACAUUUAUUAUUGAUUACUACUUUGAAGUGGUUCAGAAAUUGAAAUUUGGGAUUUAUGACAUUGACAACAAAACCAUCGAUCUGAGUGAUGAUGACUUCUUAGGAGAAUGUGAAUGUACUCUUGGACAAAUUGUCUCCAGUAAGAAGCUAACUCGGCCACUGGUGCUUAAAAAUGGCAGACCUGCAGGGAAAGGAAGCAUCACGAUUUCAGCAGAAGAAAUAAAGGAUAAUCGAGUGGUCUUGUUUGAAAUGGAAGCAAGAAAGUUGGAUAACAAGGAUCUAUUUGGGAAGUCAGAUCCAUACCUUGAAUUCCACAAGCAGACGUCAGAUGGAAACUGGCUAAUGGUUCAUCGGACAGAGGUUAUUAAAAACAAUUUGAAUCCUGUUUGGAGACCUUUUAAAAUAUCUCUGAACUCUCUGUGCUAUGGAGAUAUGGACAAAACUAUUAAGGUUGAGUGCUAUGAUUAUGACAAUGAUGGGUCACAUGAUCUCAUUGGAACAUUUCAAACCACAAUGACAAAACUGAAAGAAGCUUCCAGAAACUCACCUCUUGAAUUUGAGUGCAUUAAUGAAAAGAAGAGGCAAAAGAAGAAAAGCUAUAAGAAUUCAGGUGUCGUCUGUGUGAAACAGUGCGAGAUUACCGUGGAGUGCACAUUCCUUGACUAUGUCAUGGGAGGAUGCCAGUUGAAUUUUACUGUGGGAGUGGACUUCACUGGCUCCAACGGUGACCCACGCUCUCCAGACUCCCUGCAUUACAUUAGUCCCAAUGGGGUUAAUGAGUACCUGACGGCUAUCUGGUCCGUGGGCCUCGUCGUUCAAGAUUAUGACACUGAUAAGAUGUUUCCAGCUUUUGGUUUUGGGGCGCAGAUACCUCCACAGUGGCAGGUUUCACACGAAUUUCCAAUGAACUUUAAUCCGACCAAUCCUUUCUGUAAUGGAAUACAAGGUAUCAUAGAGGCAUAUCGAACCUGCCUUCCUCAGAUAAGGCUCUAUGGACCGACGAAUUUUUCUCCAAUCAUCAAUCACGUAGCCAGAUUUGCUGCGGCCGCCACGCAACAGCAGACAGCUUCCCAAUAUUUUGUGCUGUUAAUCAUUACUGACGGUGUGAUCACAGACCUGGAUGAAACCAGACAAGCAAUAGUCAAUGCUUCCAAGCUCCCCAUGUCCAUCAUCAUCGUCGGAGUUGGGGGUGCCGACUUCAGUGCCAUGGAGUUUCUGGACGGUGAUGGCGGGACUCUCCGUGCCCCCUCAGGGGAGGCGGCCAUCAGAGACAUCGUCCAGUUUGUGCCUUUCAGACAGUUCCAGAAUUCUCCGAAAGAAGCUCUGGCUCAGUGUGUCUUGGCAGAGAUCCCCCAGCAGGUGGUGGGCUACUUCAACACAUACAAACUUCUUCCUCCCAAGAACCCAGCUACAAAGUAAGAGGAGCGGCGGCCGCCUGACUUCAGCCUUCUCUUGCACUGUGUGGAACAAUGGAUUCAACUCUUAUUCCAAAUAAUGAAAGCUAGGAUGUAAGCCUAGUUAUCCAAUCGAUCCUAUAUAUGUAUAAUAUUAUUUUUAUACUCUUUUUGGGGGAGGAAAGUGCUAAGUGACUCUUUGCUCAAUCAGUUCAACCAGUGAUUGCUAAGAAUUUAGAUUAAUUGCAGGGAGGCUAUUAGGAUAGAAGGUAGUGUCAAAAAAAACCCAUUCUUAUUCCUAUAGUUUUUUUUAUAUGAUAAAAAUGCUGUUUUUGCAAACCUUUGUCUACAGAAAGAAUGGGAAAUUAUUGGAAUGGUGUGAUUUAUAGAUUGUUACACUGAAUUUGCUCUAGGGAAUAUGUUUUCCAUUGUUUAUACCUGGUUUUCAGUGCCUGUUAAGUUAGAUGAUACUGAAUUUGUUGUCCUAACUGUAUUCAGUACUUUUCUAUGAAAUAAAAUUACCUUCUCUUGUACCUGGAUUUUGCUGUGCACUUUACAAAAUAGCAUGCCAUCGGACUCCAGGAAAGUACUAAAUGAGAAGGAGAACAGAUACUGAGUUCUUAAAAUGUGUAAUCAGUAAGUAUAAGAAAUCUCGUGGAAGUAAGCCAUUUUCCUUUGUCUUUCUAGAUCUUCUGUUUUCAUUGCAGAGUACUGUAUCAUGGUCAGCUCCAACCUUUUCUUUAACUGUCUGUGAUUCUCAGGAUUCUGUAAUUGCAUAGAUAAUCAGUUGCCCUAGAUUCAAAAUUAUUCAUUAUUAGCUGGAGUUCAUUAAACAGUUCGGACUCAUUGUCCAGGAAACUGAGAACCAAAAUAUAGGAGAAAUUUAGAAUUGUAUAUCUUCUCAUUAAUGGAAGACCUGUAUUUUUUUUGUCUUCUUUUUUAUAUUUGCACGAACUAAUAAUAUUCACUCUGACUGUAUAAAAGAAAAUUUGAAUGGGAAAUAGUCAUGAUUGACUUGAACCCAUUCUCAAUAGCAAAUUAAGUAGACAAAAAUGAACAGUGAAUGUCAGUCAGUUUGUAUAGAACACUAUUCAACAAAUACAUAUGUUUAAAGUAAGUUUCAAUGGGCAUCCUUUGAUAUCUAAGAUCAUAGGGGCUGGAGAGAUAGUACAGCAAGCAGGGUGCUUGCCUUGCAUGCAGCUGACCUGGGUUGAUCCCUGGCACUUCGGGAGUCCCUUGAGCCCCUCCAGGAAAGAUACCCAAACACAGAGUCAGGAUGAGCAGACCUGUUAUUUUUUAAGACAGAUUUUAUACUUUCCUUCCUAAGGUCCUAUACAUUGAUUUGUAAAUUUGUAUAGAUUCAUUUAGAUAUACAUAUUUUUAAAGUUUUUUUAAGAGAUAGCUUUUUUUUUUUCGGUCUUAUUUCUAGGCUCUAGAUAUCUUUUGCAUUUCUAAGGCAGAAUGCAUUAUUUUAAGCAUAAAACCUAUUGUAAAAAUUCUUAUUGCUCCAUUAGGGUCAUGUGGACUUACAUGCUUUAUAAACAAUAGAUUUUAUUUUACCCAUCAGAACAUAACAUAAUGGGGAGAGAAGGGGGAAUUGCAUUUUCAGAACACAUUUAGUAACUUGUUAUUGAGGACCUGUGUGCCAAGUAGUUUUCUUAUCCAUUAUGUUGACCAAUGACUUUUAAAGAGUUAACAUUACAGGUUGCUUGUUUAUCACAUAUCCUUAAAUUGGCGUGCCCAGUGCCAUGUUGAUAUGCUUUCAAUAUUAUGGAAAAAUCUUGCCACUUAUGCCACUGCUCAUGUCUCAUGUGUUCUCAAAUGUCUGAGGAAUGUGAGCCGGAAGACCAAACAUCUCUGGUUUCCAAGCAGAAGGUCAUUGCCAAAGUCAGCCCUGGUUGCCUUACUCUGGUGAGACUCAUCAUCUUUCUACCUAGGUGACUCUGAAUGUGUGCUCUUUACCUACAGGCCCCUGACUAGGGGUACCUUUGUGAGUAAUGAUCUGAGUAUCUUUUUGAGUAGUAAGUUAUGAGCUGUGAGACUGUCAUACGUCUCGUUACUCACCAUGCCAUUUUUGAUACUAGGGGAAAAGAAAAUGGAUCGUUCUUCCAAUAGUUUGGAAUCUUCAUUGCCUCCUAUAUCCCAAUUUUAAUGUGUCCCUGUGUGCUUGGAAACAACAUUUUGGUCUUGCUGUGCUUUUAAGAAUUUUUUUUAAAUGAUUGGACCUUUAAAGGGGAUAUGGACAUUUCUUGAUACAGAAAAUGGAUGGAAGCAGAGCUUGUCUUGUUGGAGAUUGGGACAAGUCCUGCUGACAGGACUUCCUCUUUAAAUUCAACUCUUCUAGUACCUUCAUCUCCCAUGUGGGGACUUGCGAACCACAGUCAGGAGCAUUUGUUGUUCUCAUCAGCCAAAUAAUAAUGCCUCUGUCACUACUGUCUGCUUGACUUGCCCUUCAUAAUUUUAUAUUCUGUUUUUCACCAGAACGUUUCCUUCUUAAGGUUAUUAUUAUUCACCCCUGAGCAGGUUUAUCAGUCAAUGCUAUUAUCCAUAAGAGCUGCAAUUCCAGAAAUUUAGAGUAAUUGGCACCCAUUCUGCAGUUUUGAAUAAAACCUUUUACAAAUCCCAAUGAUCAUUUUAUAAAAUUCUUACAAUCUCAACACUUGACUUCAUCACAUGCCAAUUUAAUAUUGUUUCAUAUUCCUAUAGCUCUACUCCUGUUGAACUAUCGUUCAUUCAAGUGCCAUUUAAAAAAAUGCAUUUGAAGAAAAAAAUAGCCAAGCCAACUUUCAUGCUUCAUGCAAUGAGAUAUAUUGCGAACAUGUGUUGGAGUGGCCACACACUCACUAGAAAAUAUUUUUCACAUAUGCCUAUUCUGAGAACAUAGUAUAGCAUUUGGCUUGUUCCAUCAUCUUGCAGUUAGAUUUAUAAAUGUAAGACUAUAAGUUAGAGCCUGGCAAGCUCCCCGUGACGUAUUCGAUAUGCCAAACACAGUAACAACAAAGUCUCCAAUGGAGACAUUACUGGGCCCUCUCGAGCAAAUCGACAAACAACGGGAGGGCCUUUACUUUACUUACUUUACUUUAAGACUAUAUACAUUUAAAAUCAGACUUGAAUUUUACAAUUGUUCACUUUGCUAGUGCCUUAGGCAGCCUUUCAAGAGUAAAUUCAGGAUCCCAUUGUCAUUUAUGUUGCAUUUUGAUAUAGUUUUCUCUUUUGAUUUUGUAAAUUUUGUGGGAAGCUAUCCUCAAUAAGUGUCUCCUAGUAUUUUUUAUACGUGUAGUUAAAAGUUACAGAAGUGGCACAUAAUGUAAGCCAGAAGUUUGACUGAGAUUAUGAGAGACUAUUUUGUGCUUUCAUGGAUGUCAUGCUUGAUAAGUGUAUGUUACUAAUAUAUGAAUUGAUGUUAAAUAUAUUUUCCAUUUGAAGUCCCUUUGGCUAAAUCUGUUUCAUAAUAUAAUGCCAUAUGUCUUUGUUUUCAUUUGUAUUCUUUCUCUAAAUGUAAUUAAGACCAAUAGAAAAUCUACAAAUAAAG